AGGGCUUUCGCCUCCGCCGGUGCUACCGCUGAAGUUGCGCGCGCACAUCUCGCGAACCCGUCCACCGAAACGCCACUGCAGUCUCCUUACGCGCGGCUGAUCGCUCCCUCCGUCGAGCCGCCGGCGAAGGAUCCCAUCGAUAUUUCACCUCGAGAGCUCCUUGCCGCAGUCCGGAGCCAGUUCUGAGGUGAGUCUCCAAGGGCCCACUUUUGGUGUUUAGAAAGAACCCUGGCAUUUUCUCAGCUUUGACAGGCCGCGAUGAAUUAUUCUUAGUACAGAGAUCUAAUGGCUUGGAAGUUUUUCCUAUCUCUGGCUGCCGCUGCUUUUGCUGCUAUCCUGUUUCGACUUUUUCUUCGAAGAGGAGAUCGAGCGAGAUCAACGGAGGAGAGUGCAACGAGACGGAGCGCGCGUGGAAAUGAUGGAACAGCAAGAGGCGCUUCUUCUACUGACGCGUCAACAGAAGGUCAAGAAGUGGCUACUUCAUCGGGAUAUGACUAUGAAGUAUUCUUGAGCUUCAGAGGACUAGACACUCGAGCUGGUUUUACCGACUUUCUUUAUACUAGUCUAAUAGAUGCGGGAAUCCGCACAUUUAGGGACGAUGAAGAGCUCCGCGUUGGGGAAAAGUUUGCCCCAGAACUUCUCCAAGCAAUUGACCAGUCGAAGAUCUCAAUACCUAUAUUUUCGAAAGGAUAUGCCUCUAGCCCAUGGUGUCUCAACGAGCUAGUUCAGAUGGUCGAGUGCCAGAAAAAUGGAAGGCAAAAGAUCAUGCCCAUUUUUUAUGAUGUGGCCCCUUCGGAAGUUCGACACCAAAUUGGGGGUUAUGCAAAGGCCUUUCGUUCACAUGAAAAGAAGCAGCGAUACGAUGAAGAGACUAUCCACAAAUGGAAGGCUGCUCUCAGUGUAGUUGGGGCAAUAAACGGGUGGGACCUACACAACGAGACCAACAGGCGAGAAGGUGAGUUCGCAAGAAAAGUUACCCAUAAGGUUUUCAAUGAGUUGAAAAAGGCUUAUUUGGCGGUAUCAGAGUGCUUGGUUAGUGUCGACAAUCACAUGGAUGCAAUCAUGGAAAUGAUAGGUGCUGGGACAAGUGAAACACGAAUUAUAGGAAUCCACGGGAUGGGUGGCAUCGGAAAGACAACUACUGCCAAAAUGAUCUACAAUAAGCUUUCACACGACUUUGAAAAUUGUUGCUUUCUUCAAGAUAUUCGAGAAAUGUCAAAAGGUAAUGGCAUUCAAUGCUUACAGAAUCAGCUAAUCUCUGUCAUCCUCAAAAAGGAACGCAUGGAUAUAAAACACAUUGAUGAAGGAACUCAGAUGAUUAAAGAUAGGUUGUUUAAUAAAAGAGUCCUCCUUCUUCUCGAUGAUGUGGAAGAAGCGAAUCAUAUUAAUGCACUUGUAGGUAAACGUGAUUGGUUAGGUAGAGGGAGCAAAAUUAUCAUUACUACAAGAAACAAAGAUAUUCUUGAGGUUCCUGAAGUGGACUGCAGUUAUGAGCUUAGUUGCAUGGAUCACGAUCAAUCUCUUCAACUAUUUAGCAAACAUGCCUUCAGAAAAGAAAAUCCUUUGGAUGAGUAUAUCGACCAAUCCAAGAGGGCAAUAGGUAUUGCUAGAGGUCUUCCACUAGCUCUUGAGGUCAUAGGCUCACUUUUAUGUCACACUAAAAAGGAAAAGUGGGAUCUCACAUUGAAGAAGUUGGAAAAUGUUCCUCAUGCAGCAAUUCAGAGUAAGUUGAAAAUAAGCUAUGAUGCAUUAGAUGUUCGACAACGGCAUAUAUUCCUCGAUAUAGCUUGUCUUUUCAUUGGAUAUAACAAAGAUAUUGUGGUUCAUUUUUGGCAUGAAUCUAAAUUUCCAGAAGAAGCCAUGGAAGUUCUGCAGAACAUGUCUUUGAUAAAGAUUGAACAGUUUAAUAAAGUAUGGAUGCAUGAUCAACUCAGAGAUCUUGGAAGAGAAAUAGUUUAUCAAGAAAGUAAAAUGAAAAUAGAGAAGCAAAGUAGGGUGUGGGAUCCCAAGGAAGCAUUGGAUUUGCUGAGGAGACCCGAGGGAAAAGAAGGAGUUGAAGCUCUUCAUCUCAAGUUUGACCACAGGAGGUGGUUCCAUUUUACCUAUAAGAGCUUUAAGAGCUUUUCAAAUCUAAGGUUUCUUCAAGUUGAUAAUUCGGAGGAAUAUUCUUAUGCAAAAACGAGGCCUUGUUGGAAUGAAUCGCCUAAUGUUUUCCCAGAGGAUUCAAAUCUCCUUCCACAAUUACGAUGGCUUUCUUGGCAUUAUAUUCCCCAUCAUUUAAAAUUUCAAAUUUCUCUAUGGAGGAUGUGGUUAUUCUUGAUCUGUCUUGGAGUAACAUUACACACGAGUGGCAAGGGUGGAGCCACAUGAAGGUGAUGAGGAAUUUGAAAGUUCUAAAUCUGUACUGUUGUGCUAGAUUGGAGAGAACUCCUAACUUCUCUGCUCAAUCAAAUUUAGAACACUUGAUCCUAAGCGAGUGUUGGGAUUUAGUCGAAAUUGACAAGUCAAUUUGUCAAUUGAAACGCUUAGUUUCCUUAAAAGUAGAUAAAUGUUGGAAACUUCGAAGGCUACCACAAGUGGUGGGUAGAGAUUCUUGCAACUCAGCAACAUUGCAAUUCGUCGGACAGGCUUUCGGAUACAAUCGGAAAUUUGGAAUCGCUGAUUGAGUUGGAUAUAUCUCGUACGGAGAUCGAAGAACUACCCGAUUCUAUCGGAAAGUGGAAAAAUUUGAAAGUAGUGAAGAUUGGUAGUGCCAUACGCAAAAUACCCGAUGCCCUCUGGAUGAUUAAGAGCCUUGAA